AUGGAUCAAUCGAAUAAAUGGGAUAUUCAGCAGCUUGAAGGGAAGGAACCCAAGACCCAAGUGGAGGAAUGGAGGAACCUUUUCAAGAAGCAAUGUCACGACUGCACUCCAUAUCCUGACUUUGCUGAACGUGCCUCUGCUUCUCAGCCUGACUUCACCAAACAUGCCUCUGCUUCUCAGCCUGACUUCACCGAAUGUGCCUCUGCUUCUCAGCCUGACUUCACCGAACGUGCCUCUGCUUCUAGGCCUGACUUCACUGAACAUGCCUCUGCUUCUCAGCCUGACUUUGCCGAACAUGCCUCUGCUUCUCAGCCUGACUUUACCGAAUGUGCCGCUGCUUUUCAGCCUGACUUCACCGAACGUGCCUCUGCUUCUCAGCCUGACUUCACCGAACAUGCCUCUGCUUCUCAGCCUGACUUCACCAAGUGA